CUCCAACCUUAUAUAAACCUCCACCGUGUUCAUAUCCUUAAGCCAAGCUAGCUUCACUGAGCUUUCUGAGAAUACCCUGCUAGAAAAGAAAGCUUCUUUCUUCUUCAGAGCAAAAAAAAAACCAUGGAUUAUAUCAUUCAUAGCAAAGCCAUCAAGUUUUUGCUUUCAAUCUCUGUCUUUUCAAUCUUGUUCUCUCAGUCUUCUCUAAUUUCUUUUCUUGUUCAUUUCUCCAAUGCCUUCAUAUCUUCACCUUCUGUGAGACUGUUCAGCUACACUUUUGACAAGAACUACAUGUUCCUGCUUUGCAAUGGACUCCUGGUGUUCAUUGUGAAGAAUUCUGGUCUUAUUGGGACUUCUCCAUCGGGGUCUAAUCUCAUCAAUGAUGAAGAUGAUGUGAAGAUCAAUGGCGAAACCCGGGAAGUUGGAGUGGUCAAGUUGACAGAAACAAAUGCACAAAAGGCAGAGGAAGAUCAAGUUAUCAAUGUAGAAACUGAACAAGUGCAAGAAGAAGAGAAAAGGUUCUUGAUUACAGAAGAAGAAGAAGAAUGCAGAAAUGGAAUAGUCACUGUGGAAGAUCAUGAUGAAUUUGAAGAAGAAGAAGAAGAAGAAUGCAGAAAUGGAAUAGUCAUUGUGGAAGAUCAUAAUGAAUUUGAAGAAGAAGGAGAAGAAGAAGUUGGGUAUCUGAGUAAAGAAGAGUUGAACAAGAAAUGCGAUGAGUUUAUAAGAAAAGUCAGAGAAGGGAUUAAACUUGAAGUCCAACAAUCUAUGAUCAUGGUUUCAUGUCAGUGAUCAAAUUGAACUCACUAGGAAGUUUGUUAGUAGAAGACUAGCUUUUUUUUUUUCCUUCUCUGGUCUGAAUUAAAAGACUGCUCUGUAACUUUGUGUGUGUUACGAAUUUUGUAGAAGUACCCUUCUUCAUCA